CCUCUAGGUUCAAGGGUCGAGCCGGAGGACGCUAUGCCGCGUAUAGUGGAGCAACCGCCGGAUCUUGUGGUCUCCCGGGGCGAGCCCGCCACACUGCCCUGCCGCGCCGAGGGCCGGCCCCGGCCCAACAUCGAGUGGUACAAGAAUGGAGCGCGUGUGGCCACUGCGCGCGAGGAUCCGCGCGCGCACCGCCUGCUGCUGCCCAGCGGCGCGCUCUUCUUCCCGCGCAUCGUGCACGGGCGCCGCGCGCGGCCGGACGAGGGUGUCUAUACCUGCGUGGCGCGCAACUACCUGGGGGCAGCGGCCAGCAGAAACGCCUCGCUGGAAGUGGCAGUCCUCCGCGAUGACUUUCGGCAGUCUCCUGGGAACCUGGUGGUGGCAGUGGGGGAACCAGCAGUACUGGAAUGCGUGCCCCCCCGAGGCCACCCGGAGCCUUCCGUGUCCUGGAAGAAGGGGGGCACAAGAGUCAAGGAGGAGGAAGGAAGGAUCACGAUCCGUGGCGGGAAGCUGAUGAUGUCACAUACGUUCAAGAACGAUGCAGGGAUGUACGUAUGUGUGGCCUCCAACGUGGCAGGAGAACGGGAGAGUGGGGCAGCUGAGCUUGUGGUACUGGAACGCCCCUCAUUCCUGCGCAAACCGGUCAAUCAGGUGGUCCUGGCUGAUGCCCCUGUGGAAUUCUUCUGUGAAGUGCAGGGGGAUCCCCCACCUCAUCUGCGUUGGCGCAAGGAGGAUGGGGAACUGCCCCCAGGCAGGUAUGAGAUCCGAAGUGACCACAGCCUUUGGAUUGGGCGGGUGAGUGCGGAAGACGAGGGGACCUACACGUGCGUGGCAGAGAACAGCGUGGGGCGCGUGGAAGCAUCUGGCUCCCUCAGUGUUCACGUCCCUCCCCAGCUGGUGACCAGACCCCAGGACCAGAUGGCGGCUCCUGGAGAGAGUGUGGCUUUCCAGUGCGAGACCAAAGGAAACCCCCCACCUGCAGUCUUCUGGCAAAAGGAAGGGAGUCAAGUCCUGCUUUUCCCCAGCCAGUCGCUUCAGCCCACAGGGCGCUUCUCAGUCUCUCCAAGAGGCCAGCUCAGCAUCACUGGAGUGCAGAGCAGGGACGCCGGCUACUACGUGUGCCAGGCUGUCAGUGUGGCUGGCAGCAUCCUGGCUAAGGCCCUGCUGGAGAUAAAAGGUGCCUCCUUGGAUGGGCUGCCUCCCAUCAUCCUCCAGGGACCAGCCAAUCAGACGCUGGCACUGGGCUCCUCUGUGUGGCUGCCGUGCAGAGUGACAGGGAACCCUCAACCCAGUGUCCAAUGGAGGAAGGACGGGCAGUGGCUACAGGGGGAUGACCUCCAGCUCAGCCUACUAGCCAAUGGUACCCUGUACAUUGCCAAUGUGCAGGAGACUGACAUGGGUUUCUACAGCUGUGUGGCCAAGAGUUCCACAGGGGAGGCCACCUGGAAUGGCUGGCUUAGGAUACGGGAAGAUUGGGGAGUAUCACCAGACCCCCCGACAGAAAUCAGUACCCCGCCAGGGCCUCCCUCACAGCCAGUGGCUUCUGACAUCACCAAGAACAGCGUCACCCUGACCUGGAAGCCCAACCCGCAGGCUGGGACCGUCACCGCAUAUGUGAUAGAAGCCUUCAGCCAAGAGGCUGGCAACACCUGGAGGACAGUGGCAGAUGGUGUGCAGCUGGAGACACACACGGUCAGCGGUCUGCAGCCCGAUACCAUCUACCUGUUCCUGGUGCGAGCUGUGGGGGCCUGGGGCCUCAGUGAGCCCAGCCCUGUCUCUGAGCCUGUCCGCACCCAGGACAGCAGCCCCUCCAGGCCAGUGGAGGACCCAUGGAGAGGCCAGCAGGGACUGGCUGAAGUGGCUGUGCGGAUGCAGGAGCCCAUAGUCCUUGAGCCCCGGGCCCUGCAGGUGUCCUGGACUGUGGACGGCCCAGUCCAGCUGGUGCGAGGUUUCCGGGUGUCUUGGAGGGCUGCAGGCCCUGAUGGGGGAAGCUGGACCGUGCUGGAUCUAGAGACCCCAAGCCAGCAAACUACUGUGCUAAGAGGACUUCCUCCAGGCACCCAAAUCCAGAUCAAGGUGCAAGCCCAAGGCCAGGAGGGGCUGGGGGCUGAAAGCCCCUUGGUGACCAGGAGCAUUCCUGAGGAAGCCCCCAGUGGUCCCCCCCAGGGAGUGGCAGUGGCCUUGGGGGGUGAUGGCAACAACAGUAUCACUGUGUCCUGGGAACCUCCACUCCCUUCCCAGCAAAAUGGGGUCAUCAAGGAAUACCAGAUCUGGUGUCUGGGCAACGAGAGCCGCUUCCACCUCAACCGUUCUGCGGCAGGCUGGGCACGCUCCGCUGUGCUCCGGGGACUUCUGCCGGGUCUCCCCUACCAGACCCGGGUCGCGGCGGCCACCAGCGCUGGCGUGGGCGUGGCCAGUGCCCCCGUGUUGCUGCAGCUGCCGUCCCCGCCGGAAUCGGAGCCAGGGCUCGAGGUGGGCCCGGGCCUGGCAGAGCGGCUGGCUAGGGUGCUGCGGGCGCCGGCCUUCCUCGCGGGCAGCGGCGCCGCCUGCGGGGCGCUGCUCCUCGGGCUCUGCGCCGCCCUCUACCGGCGCCGGAGGCAGCGCAAAGAGCUCAGUCACUACACCGCCUCCUUUGCCUACACACCUGCAGUGUCCUUCCCACACUCGGAGGGACUCUCUGGAGCCAGUUCCAGGCCGCCCGUGGGCCUCGGCCCCGCCCCCUACCCUUGGCUGGCAGAUUCGUGGCCCCACCCCUCUCGAAGCCCCUCAGCCCAGGAGCCCAGGGGAAGCUGCUGCCCCAGCAAUCCUGACCCGGAUGACAGAUAUUACAAUGAAGCAGGGAUCUCACUAUACCUGGCUCAGACAGCCCGGGGCACUGCAGCCCCUGGGGAGGGCCCUGUCUACAGCACCAUUGACCCACUUGGGGAGGAGCUGCAGACCUUUCAUGGGGGUUUCCCCCAACAACCCCCAGGGGAUCCAGGCACCUGGAGCCAGUACGCUCCUCCAGAAUGGAGCCAGAGGGACAAUGGAGCCAGGGGAGGCAAAGUGAUGCUUCUGGGGAAAGCUGUGCAGAUGCCCUCUCUGAACUGGCCAGAAGCACUGCCUCCACCUCCCCCUGAGCUGAGCUGCCUAGAGGGGCCUGAGGAGGAGUUGGAGGGCAGCUCUGAGCCAGAAGACUGGUGCCCGCCAAUGCCAGAGAGAAGUCACCUGGCUGAGCCCAGUUCCAGUGGAGGGUGCCUGGUUGCCCCGUCCCGGGGGGAAACCCCCUCUCCCACACCCUCCUACGGACAGCAGUCCACAGCCACUCUUACCCCCUCCCCACCUGACCCUCCCCAGCCCCCCACUGACAUCCCCCAUCUCCAACAGAUGCCCAGGAGGUUGCCCCUAGGGCCAAGUUCCCCACUCAGUGGAUCCCGGAUGGCUAUGAGUACCCAUGAAGCGGGGCCUGCGAGCCUGGGUGCUGGCCUUGCAGCUUCCCAUCGCCUCAGCCCCAGCUCUGUCCCUAGUACAGCCAGCAUUGCCCCAGGGAGAACCAGGCUGGUGCCUGGGGAGAUGACACCCCCACUUCAAGGACCUCGUGCCCGAAUCCAGAAGAAACCUAAGGCUCUUCCUUACAGGAGAGAGCACAGUCCUGGGGACUUGCCCCCACCACCCCUGCCGCCGCCAGAGGAAGAAGCGAGCUGGGCUGUAGGGCUGAGAACAGCUGGCAGCACCUCCUCUUUGGAGCGGGGGCGAAGUGGGGAAAGGAGAGCGGUGCAGGCGGUGCCCCUGGGGAGCCAGCAGGGCCCCUGCCGAGAUGAAGAGGCCUGGCCCCCGUACAGCAGGCCGAGCUUCCUGUCCCGGGGCCAGGGCACCAGCACCUGCUCCACAGCCGGCAGCAACUCCUCACGAGGCUCCAGCAGCUCCAGGGGCUCCCGGGGCCCUGGCCGGAGCCGCAGCUGCAGCCGGAGCCAGAGCCAAAGGCCAGGACAGAAGAAUCGAGAGGAACGGAGAUGACGCUUGAGAAUAUGGGGAGCUCCAUGGGGAAGGGGCUGUCCCUGGGCCGGAUGCCUGGAGGGGAGCCCCUCACCCUGUGAAUUAGGAUGUGAGCAAAGAGGUGCAGGGGUGGGCCCUCUUUUCCCCCCCAGCGCUGAUGCAUGGGGCCCUCAGCCUCACUGACGAAUAGGCUUAGAAGCCAGAGAGCCAGUUAUUUCCCUUUCAUUCCUUUCUAAGACCCAUUUGUACAAAAGACAAUAAAAAAAGUCUGAUCAUAGCCCUGGUUUUCCAUAGGAUGUCAGGAAGGGGUCGGGGGGCUGUGGGUCCGGGUAUCUGUGCACACUAGUAGCUUCACACUUCCUUCCGAACAUCUGUCAAAGCACUACGUGAGGACAGUGUAGAGACCCUGAGCCGUCUUCCCUCUCGAAGGGGCUGAAACCCAUUGUCCCCCCAGUCACAACCAUAUGGACGUUCCAAAUAGCCAAUAAUGAGAAACCUGUACCCCUUUUGGAGGGCGGCACCAGACCCUGCCUUAGGGCCCUUUCUCUGGGGUGUAUCACUCCACUGUAAGAGAACAUGCCCUUGACAAUAAUGAUCAUUUUUAAACUCUCUGUGAUAGGAGUUUAUGGGAGAAGCUUUCCCACAUACCCUGACUGUCCGUCGUAAUGGGUGUGUGCAAACCGGAAUCCCUUGGCCCAAUUAGGUCCAGGAGUGAUGGGUUUGGCUGGGG